GUUUUUUUGUUUAGUUAUAAUUUUACAGUUUAUGAUUUUAUAUAUUUUUUAAAAAAUAAAAAAUAAAUAUUAUCAAAUUGGGUUAAAAAUUGGAUAUUUUGUACAAAAGAAAGAAAGUAGUAGAACACGGAGCAAACCUCGCUUGUCCCUCACGAAUGCGCCAUUACAUUGCGUCAACUCCAGCCACCAUCCUCCGCCGUCUCCUCCCGCCGUGCACGUGCACUCCACCGCAUCAACACUCUUCGAAUCUUCAUCUUUCUCUCUCUCUAUCUCACUGUCUUCCUUCCAAUCUCACACAAACACACAUUACAUUCUCUGAUACACAUACAUCUCUGUGUUUUUUCACGCAAACACUCUCUCACUUUCUACAUCUGUAACGGUAUAUCUAUAUCUCGGGCACACAAAGGGGCGAAGGGGAAGCCACUUGAUUCGGAUUCCCUACCCCUAUAAUGUGAUUUGUAGCCGCGAGAUGCACGCUAAAAAUCGGCUCCCCAGCAGUGGACACAAUACCCCGUCGCCACCGGCCUCCCCCCUUCGCUCCCCUCGUCUCCGACAUCCCCGCUCCGGAAAAACCGCCGCUCGAUUUGUUGUUGGUGUUAAUCGUUCAAUCACACAACGUAUUGCGUGGAUCGUACUAACCUUUCUAUUACGUCGCCAGGGGGUUUUCCUUUUCGCCCCUCUUCUCUACAUCUCUGGUAUGCUGUUUUACAUGGGGACUGUCUCUUUUGACGUCGUUCCCGAUGUAAUCAAGUCUCGGAGGGCUCCAGGGUCAGUGUACAGGAGUCCAGAACUCUAUGCUAAGCUUCGACACGAGAUGGAUGCCGACAAUUCGUCAUCCGAUGCGAUGUCAACCAUAUGGAAACAUGCUAAAGGUGGUGACUGGAGGCCUUGUAUAAACAAGUUUUCAGGAGGUUUGCCAGAGUCAAAUGGAUACAUAUAUGUUGAAGCAAAUGGUGGCUUGAAUCAACAAAGAACAUCGAUUUGCAAUGCAGUUGCUGUGGCAGGCUAUCUUAACGCGACACUUGUCAUUCCAAAUUUUCAUUUCCAUAGCAUUUGGAGAGAUCCCAGUAAGUUUAGUGACAUAUAUGAUGAAGAAUUUUUCGUUAAAACAUUGGAAAAUGACGUACGGAUAGUUGACACUGUACCUGGAUACCUAAUGGAAAGGUUUGACCGGAAUUUGACCAAUGUUUUCAACUUCAGAAUAAAAGCAUGGGCACCUGUUCAGUACUACAGGGAUACAGUUCUUCCAAGGCUUCUAGAAGAAAAGUUCAUAAGGAUUUCCCCAUUUGCAAACCGAUUAUCAUUUGAUGCACCUCCUGAAGUUCAACGCCUUCGAUGUUUAGCAAAUUAUGAAGCUUUAAGAUUUUCAAGCCCUUUAUUGACAAUGGGUCAAACUUUAGUUUCAAGAAUGAAAGAACGGAGUAAAAUCAAUGGUGGAAAAUACAUUUCUGUCCAUCUACGCUUUGAGGAGGACAUGGUUGCUUUUUCUUGCUGUGUAUAUGAUGGUGGAUCAAAAGAGAGUGAAGAUAUGGUAGCUGCAAGAGAGAGGGGGUGGAAAGGUAAAUUCACAAAACCUGGUAGAGUUAUUCGGCCUGGAGCCAAUAGGGUAAAUGGAAAAUGUCCCCUCACACCUCUAGAGGUUGGGUUGAUGCUUAGAGGAAUGGGAUUUGAUAAAAGCACAUCCAUUUUUCUUGCUUCCGGAAGAAUAUAUGAUUCAGAAAGACACAUGGCUCCGCUUCUAGAAAUGUUUCCCCUUUUACAAACCAAGGAGAUGUUAGCAUCUUCCGAGGAAUUAGCGCCGUUUAAGAACUAUUCUUCUAGAAUGGCUGCUAUAGAUUACACUGUGUGUCUACAUAGCGAAGUAUUUGUGACAACACAAGGUGGAAACUUCCCUCAUUUUUUAUUGGGACAUAGAAGAUAUCUCUUUAAUGGACAUUCAAAGACAAUUAGACCCGAUAAACGAAAGUUAGCAGUAUAUUUUGACAACCCCAAGAUCGGGUGGAGAACGUUUAAAAGGCACAUGUUAAGCAUGCGAGUUCAUAGCGACUCGAAAGGAAUUGAACUGAAAAGGCCAAACGACUCCAUAUAUUCAUUUCCGUGUCCAAAUUGCAUGUGUCGUGCAAAUAAAACAGAAGAUUCGAGAACAGUACCUCCGAUAAUGAUGAAGGAAAAUGAAAAGGUGGUGGGUGGUUUAGAACAGGAAUUUGUACAUGAUUCAAGAACCAGAUAG